AUGGAGGCGUCGGGAGCCCGCGCCUUGCGGACUGCGCUCUGUGGCGGCUGUUGCUGCCUCCUACUGUGUGCCCAGCUGGCUGUGGCUGGUAAAGGAGCUCGAGGCUUUGGGCGCGGAGCCCUGAUCCGCCUGAACAUCUGGCCGGCGGUCCAGGGGGCCUGCAAACAGCUGGAGGUCUGUGAGCACUGCGUGGAGGGAGACAGAGCGCGCAAUCUCUCCGGCUGCGUGUGGGAGCAGUGCCAGCCAGAGGAGCCAGGACACUGUGUGGCUCAAGCUGAGGUGGUCAAGGAAGGUUGUUCCAUCUACAACCGCUCAGAGGCAUGUCCAGCUGCUCAUCACCACCCCACCUAUGAACCGAAGACAGUCACAACAGGAAGCCCCACAGUCCCUGAGGCCCACAGCCCUGGAUUUGACGGGGCCAGCUUUAUCGGAGGUGUCGUGCUGGUGUUGAGCCUACAGGCGGUGGCUUUCUUUGUGCUGCGCUUCCUCAAGGCCAAGGACAGCACCUACCAGACGCUGUGAGUACCUGGCCAGCAGUACCUGAGUCCCAGCUCACCUCCUGGUUCCUGCCCCACCGUUCCCCUUCAGUACCCAGGGUGCUGUCUUCUCCAUGGGCAAGCCCUCAGGACAGUGACAGCAUGCCCCACGUGAGCCGCACCCCCUUUGUCUCCUCCAGUUGCGGGGCUUUCUUUGUCAGGUGUUGGCUGGAACCAGGACUCAGCCUGGGCUGGUCUAGGAGCCCAGCUGAGCCCUCCCAUGUCUUUUCCCUUCAUGCUGCCAGCAGGGAAGAGAACCAGUAGGUGCCAGCCCAGGCAAGCCUGUGGCCUGCAUUUGUGUGGCUGUGGGCAGGAGCUGGGCCGUGUGUCUAGCUGGGUUUUGCUCUGAGAAGGGGAGCUGUGCCUGAGGCCCUCUGCGUGCUGUGUGUGCUGUGGGGCGGCUCGCCGCAGCCUGUGUUAAAGUGUUUGCUCUUCCUCUGCUGCCUCCUCUCGAGGCAGGGGGUCCUUGGCUGGCUGAGGCAGGGUCACCUCCCUGAGUGUCCUCUUUGGCCUCCGCAGAAUCUGACCCCCUUGGGCCUGCACUCCAUUCUGAGUGGAAAGGAGGAUGCAGAGGCUGGCCUCUUGGCCCCCUUGUGGGCAAGUGGGGGGGGGGUGGGUAAAACUCUGGCCACCAGUUUUUGGCUCCUGUGGGCACCAAGCAGGCUCAGUGUCUGAUGCCUGACAUCUCCUCCUGUCUUGGCCCUGGAACUUGCAGCUGAGAGCAUCCCUCAACCGCCUCGUCUCCUCCAUCACCCCUGCUGGGCCCCCUAGCCUGGCACUGGGUUGUGUGCCUGCCUCUUUCCACCAACUGGCCUGGGCACUGCCCCCAAAUAAAGGAACUCUGCACUGC